UUGUGUUUGUAAUAAGAGGCAGAGACCGGCGUAAACAAGCAAGUUUUUUGGCAAAAACAAAAUGUCGCACUUUGUGAAUAUGGAGGUUUUUUCAAACUAUCAAAAGUACAUAGAUAAUGAACAGGAAAUACGCGAGAACAUUCGUAUUGUAGUGCGGGAGAUUGAGCACUUGGCCAAGGAUGCAACCAUUCAAUUGCAGAUCAUACACUCAGAUUUAAGCAAAGUCAGCAGUGCUUGCGGUUUGGCACGUCAGCAAAUCGAAGCCUGCGCUGAAAAAUAUCAAAAGUUGGCCGCUUUGGUGCCGGGUGGACAAUAUUACCGCUACUCCGAUCAUUGGACAUACAUUACUCAACGUUUGAUAUUUCUGAUUGCUUUGGUUAUUUAUCUGGAGGCGGGAUUUUUGGUAACCCGCGAAACGGCAGCUGAAAUGCUUGGAUUAAAAACUAAACAUUCGGAUGGCUUCCACUUGGAUAUUGAAGACUAUUUGUUGGGCAUACUGUUGCUUGCCUCCGAAUUGUCACGUUUCGCUACAAAUUCCGUCACAAUGGGCGACUACGAGCGUCCCCUCAAUAUUUCUCAUUUCAUUGGCGACUUGAACACAGGAUUCCGUUUGCUAAAUAUGAAAAAUGAUGGAUUGCGCAAACGAUUUGAUGCUUUGAAAUACGAUGUGAAAAAGAUCGAAGAAGUUGUAUACGAUGUGAGCAUCCGCGGAUUAUCCAAUCCACCACCCGCCGAGAGCAAGGAACAGCCAAAGGCCGAGCCUGUUGAAUAAGUUUUGCGGUACAUACUACAAAUAAGUUGUGCAUAGGUUAAGCUCAAAAAUUGAAAGACAAAACUCCAAGUUUAUAUACGCAUAUGAAAUGUGGAAAUGAAACGAAAUGAAAAUAAAACAUGAAAUUGCAUUUCUAAUUUG